GCUCGGCAACCGACGCCUAAUAGCACCUGCGUAAACACGCCCAAGCGCGACAAAAGCACACGACACGCUUUCGCCACACGACAAGACGACAGCAAACCCCCCCGCCAGAGCUGCUAGCACCCACGACACGACACAUCCGCAACCAUGGCGCGCAACUCGGAAAAGGCGCACUCGAUGCUCUUCCGCUUCCGCGCUGCCCAGGCGGCCGAAGCAGGCAUCAUUGACAUUUCGCGCACCCGCCGCCCCAAGCUCAUCACAUCGGUCACCUCGAUCCCCGUCUGCGAGAAAUGGCGCGGCCAGGUCCUCAAGGAGAUUUCGCGCAAGGUCACGAAAAUCCAGGACGAGGCUCUUUCAGACUACCAGAUUCGCGAUCUCAACGACGAGAUCAACAAGCUCAUGAGGGAGAAGCACAUGUGGGAGAGCCAGAUCAGGGGCCUGGGCGGGCCCAAUUACAUGCGAGGCGGCAGGGUGCUUGAUGAGGAAGGGCGCGAAGUGCCUGGAGGCGGCAAGGGCUACAGGUAUUUCGGGCGAGCCAAAGAGCUACCAGGCGUCAAGGAGCUAUUCGAAAGGCAAAGUCGCCCGGAGGACGACAUGGACAAGGGCCGUGAAAAGAGGAGCGAGCUUCGGCAAAAGGUGGACGCAGGCUACUAUGGCUAUAACCUGGAUGAGGAAGACGGCACGCUCCUAGCAUACGAAAAAGCAAAGGAGCGAGAGGCCUGGGACAACUUCCUGUUGCUGGGCGACGACCUGAGCGAGAAAGCGAGCAAGACACAGAAAGAAUGGAUCGAACUACCAGGCGACGCUGGUGACGGUAUACGAUGGCGGGUGCCCACGCUUGAAGAGGUCAACAACGAGCUCGUUGAGCGUCGACGGAGGAAGCUGCUUGAGAAACUGGGAUGAUUAGAUUACCAGCAUUUGGCGGGCUCUGCCACUUGCAGAGCCAUGGUGGGAAACUGUACAACAACAGACUGCAGCCUUUGUUUUUCUUUUCUUUUUUAUGGGCAAUUUCUUCUUUCCAUGCCAGAAGAAUAAGGUCAGAAACCGAUACCCUCGCCGAAUGCGCGGCUGCUUAAACACCCACAUGUAUAUCAGAAUCAUUACCGGACAAGCAAGAGCAAGUCCGGUGUCAAGACGUACGAAUCA